AUGUUGUACGAAAGAAGUUAUGUUGCAGACAUAAGUAUUGCUGCUCAUGAAGUGGCUCAUUCAUUAGGUGUUAAAUACAGCCAGGUCGUAAGUUUAGAAAACCUCAAUACCAAUUGGUCUGAAUUUUCAACAAAAACUUUGCAUCAAAUUUCUAGAAAUUCUACAUUUUCGUGCUUGUACAACAAACCUAAUUUUACAAACCCGCUACUUGAAGAAGAAGAAGAUGAUCCUCUCACUUCAAACGGAAAAUGGCUAGAAUUCUAUAUGAGCGCAAGUAAAGAUUUCAGAGAAUUAAUAAAUCCAAGGGAAUUUUAUAUAAAUAAAGCGAUUGUAGUUUCAUUUAAAAAUAAUAAAAUAGUCGUUCAACUAGUUGACAAAUCAACAUUUACAAGAAGAAACAUUUCGAUUGAAUAUAACAUCCAGAGAAUCGUGCCUGAUUAUGAGAAGAUUAUAAUUGAUCUGGCGGUAAUUAACCGAAUGAAGAAUAUAAAUAUAUUUUAUGAAAAUAAAUCGAUACAUGUUUAUCAAGAAAUACACGAAGAAGCCGGGAGAAAAAAUCAAGCUUUAACUCCUUUGUAUGUUACUGCAAAUAGUGAAGAUAUAAUAACUAUUGAGGUACCUGUUUUUGAUCGUAAUAAACUCCUUGCGGUAUUUUACGAGAAUAACAAAUUAAUUGUUACUCAAGAAACAAAAAUCGAAGACGAUAAAGAAUUUUCUGGAUACGAUGUAAUUGAUUUUAACUAUCAAUACGCUACUGUUUCUGAUGAUAUGAAAGUUUACAUCCGCCCGUUUCAGUUAAAUUUUGACAGCAUUUUACGUAUUUAUCAUAAGAAGACAUCGAUAUAUAUUUCUCAAAUUAGUAAUUGCAAAAAUAAUUAA